ACAACCAUUGUGUGUGGACGGGGAAUAGAGCGAGUAAGAACAAUGGGCAGACUCUAGAUGAGAUUUGAAUUGUAAUAAAGGUUACACGCACUGCUAAGCAUGCAUUUGGUAGUAUUGUCUCGGCCAUCUAUAAAGAGUACUGUGUUUGUUACAGCAUGUAGUGCAUUAAGCGUGACAGAUGGAGAAGAUUGUGUUCUUCGAGGACCGGGACUUCCAGGGGAAGUCCUACGACUGCAAAGGGGACUCCAUCGACCUGCACGGCUACAUCCGACGAUGCAACUCUGUGAAGGUGGAAGGAGGCUGGUGGGUUCUGUACGAGCGCAACAACUUCAUGGGGUACCAGUACGUCAUCGGUCCAGGGGAGUACAAGGACUACCACCGCUGGAUGGGCUUCAACGACUGCGUCAGAUCCUGCAAGAUCAUCAAAAGCGCUAAAGGGCCGUACAAGCUGAAGCUCUUCGACCGGCCUAACUUUGGAGGACAGUCCUUUGAGGUGACAGAAAACAUGAAGUCCGUACAGGAGAAAGUAUACAGACAAGAAGUCCAGUCCUGUAGAGUCCUCGGGGGCUGCUGGGUUUUCUUCGAACACCCAAACUUCUGUGGUCGUCAGUACCUGCUGGAGAAAGGAGACUACUCCCACCCCUCAGAGUGGGGGGCUCUGAGAGCCAUCGUGGGCUCCAUCAGGAGGAUAAUGUAGCUGCAGGAAAGCAUGGUAAUAAAUGUGUUUGAUGCUG